GCGAAGACAGAACAUGAAGGUCCGCAUCAAUGCCACUGGCGACACCAUUGUGAUGAAGUUCCUGCGACCCAACCCCGAUGUCAAGCUGGAAGGCUACAUCCUGGGAUAUGGCAGCAGCAUGUUCUCCAAGCAAUUCAUCCAGCUACCGGAGAAUGGAGAGCCCUACGAGACAGAGAUUGAUGCUGAACCCAAGUACUUGGUUGCGGUGCAGCCAAUACCAACCAACGAUGUCAAGAAACAAUGCACAGGUAAAGUGAACCUGGACAAACCCCUCCACCUGGUGAUCGGCUCUGUGACACCCACGUCGGUCCUUUUGUCCUGGGGCACCUUUGUGAAGACGCCCUAUGAGGGCAACAUUAUGAACGACUGCCUGGAGGAUGGGUACUACACAAUCCGCUACAGAGAGAGGAACCGCAAAUGGAACUACCAGACCUGCCCCACCAGCGACACUGUGAUUGACAACCUGAAGCCUAACACCCCUUAUGAGUUUGGGGUCCGCUCCAACAAGGAAGACCGCAGUGGCAUGUGGAGCAAGCCUGUCAUUCACAACACCAACAUGGGAGACAAAAGCAUGCAGAAGCCCAUCAAGCCAAGCAGGACCGUUAUCGCAAAGCCCGUGAAGCCCAUGAUAGCUAUCUUCCCUCCACGUCCUGCUCUUCACAACAGAACCCAGUCCAGAUUACCUCUUCUCCACAAACCAGGCUUUCCUGGAGCUCCCAGGACAUCUUUUGCUCCACCUCAGAACCACCAGGAAACUGUGCCUGGCCUGAACUCCAAUGAGCCGCAAUGGCCACAGUUCCCAUUGGACACAGACAACCAUGUUAGAAAUGCCUCUUCCCAGUCAGUGGACGUAUCACCUGCCCUUGCCCAACCUGUGCCCACCAAAUCCCACUCCUCUUCCUCCUCCUCCUCUACUGCCCCUAAUGCCCCAUCACACGGUGAUACACAUCGAGGACAGACACAGACCAGGGCACCUAGUACCACACAGAAGCUGCAUAAUCCCUCGGGUAAAAACAACGUGAGACAACUGGCCUCCUCUCAUCCAGCUAAACCGUCUGACUCGGUGGUUGUGGUGUCUGCCAGAAAUCUGACGUCUCAAGGCAGAAAGCCGUUCUCUCCCUUCACUAACGGCAUGAGAAACCCUUACUUUCCCAGGGCCAAUGACUCCUCCAAGAUCUACAGGAGAAUAGGGGCCAAUGGUGAACACCAUAAGGGCCUGUCCCUGCCCAAACCUGUCAUGUGGUCCCGCUUGAGAAUGGACAACAACCCUCUGUGGCAGGACAGUAAACCCCAUGUCCACGGUGGUACUGAGCAGUCAGGGCCUUCCAUUGUGAAGCAGCACCAUGGACCACCUCUUCGUCCCACCAUCAAAAAGACCAAUCUGGUGGGAAAGCCAGGUGGAAUGGAUAAAGUGAUUGAUCUGAAACAGGACAAGGCUGAUAUCCUCAAGCCCAAGCUCCAACCUCCAACACCCAAGCCAGCCAAACAGGCCAAGACAACGCCGGCCCCAGACACAAACAACAAUCGCUCUGAAAGCUGGGAGACUUCUUCAGCUUUUAGUUCACUCCCUGCCUCUGAGGUUGAUGCUCUGGGCAAGAAACGCUACAUUGCUCCUCAUGUUGUUUACAAGACGGACAAGAAGCCGGAAGAACCUUGCUCCAUCACCACCUCCCUCACAUACUUCCCAGACGACGAAGCCACAGAGUCGAACGUCACGGCCCCACCAAGGUCUGCACCGCAGAACCUCACCGUGGUCACUGUGGAGGGCUGUCCCUCCUUCAUCAUCCUGGACUGGGAAAAAACGGACAAUGACACCACAGAGUAUGAAGUCAUCUCCACCACCAAAGGGCCUGAUGGGGAGCAGGUCUCCAUCCUGACCACCAACCAGACGCACACUGCAGUGGAGAACCUUCGGCCAGAGAGCAGCUACGAGUUCAAAGUGAAGCCCAAGAAUGAGCUGGGAGAGGGCCCCUCCAGUGAGCCAGUCUCCUUCAACACAGAAUCAGCGGAUCCACGAGUGAGUGAAAACGUCUCAGGAAAAGAUGCCAUUUGGACACAGUUCCCGUUCAAGACUGAUUCGUUUUCUGAAUGCAAUGGAAAACAAUAUGUGAAGAGAACCUGGUACCGCAAAUUCGUGGGGGUUCAGAUCUGCAACUCUCUCAGAUACAAGAUCUACCUGAGUGACUCUUUGACUGGUAAAUUCUACAACAUCGGAGACCAGACUGGCCAUGGAGAAGACCACUGCCAGUUUGUCGACUCCUUCCUGGAUGGCAGAACAGGCUCCCAGGUCCCUGCAGAUCACCUACCAGCCAGAUCAGGCUACUACAGAGCAAUGAGGCAAGAGCCAGUCAACUUCGGUCACAUAGGAGGAAACUCUCACAUCACUUAUGUGUCAUGGUACGAAUGUGGCACACCUAUACCCGGGAAGUGGUAGAAAUUCUCCAAUCAAACUCCAUGGGGAGUCAGGAGGAGAGAAUCCCAUUGGCUGGAACAUGUGGCUGUCUUGUCACAAGGUUGGCUUGUGAUUGAUUAAUAGCAAAAGUAUGGGGGAGGGGUGGUUGCUGUCUAUGCUGCGCACUUUGUGCUGACAACGCCCACCCCCUCCCUAAACCAUGUAUAAACAUGUACAGAAUACAAGUGGCAGGGAAAUUUAUUGAGCGCAUUUGUGGUAUGUAAUAGCAACUUAGUCUCAUCUCACUAUUUAUCAAACAUAACAAAAAAAACAAACAAACAAACAUCAAGAAAGAAAGAGAAAACAGAAAGAG